ACUAUCUGUCCAGUAAGAAUUAAGAAAGAAUAUGCGGAAGACUCUUAACCGGAAGUCCAGUACAAAGUUAGCUCGCAAAGACGUCAACCAGGCAAAGAGUCACCAAAACCUCCCAAAAAAAUAGACAUGAAUGACAGCGUCGUCAUAGGUUGCAGCUAGGGCUUUCGAGAACUAAUACGUUGAAUGGUAUUACAGCAAUAGAUCGAGGAGGGUAGGGUAGAACCGUAGCUCGAGUAAGUAGGAGUGUGCGACUGACUCUGGAUCCGCACUUGAGGUGUCCAGGAUUUCAUACGGAGCCAGAUAAGAGACACAAGCAAGAUGGAGGACUCUAGCAGCAAGCCUUUCAUGGUGACCUCCUCCCUCAACCUCAAGGUCACCACACCGUCCUUCUACAACCAACCAAAGAAGUUCGCCUCUGUGACUGCACCGCGCCCCAAAAGCGUGACCCCCCCCUCCGCUCCCUCCCCGACACCCAUCGGCAUGGGCAUGAUUGGUCGAGUCGGAGAGAUGCCCCCCCCUCCCCCCUCGCUCUAUGAAGACUUCCCACCCCCUCCUCCUCCAUUGGAUGAUGCCGAGCAGCUAGCCCCGCCCCCUGUAUGCUUCACCACAUCCCUGAAGGACCCCAACCCUGCCUUUCCCGCCCCUCCCCCACCCGCGGUUGAUGAUUUGCCCCUCCCGGACCCCCCUGAGGAAAUUGCCUGUCACCCCACCUCCCCCUCUCCUCCCCCUCCUCCCCCGCCUCCUCCCCCUCUCCCGGUCCCUGGUGCCAGUGUUCCCAGUGCCAUCGGGAAGUCUCCGAACCUGAUAGAGAAGCAGACUAGUUUCGACCAGCAGCUGGACUCUCUGACUGACCUGCUUUCUGAGAUGGAGACCAGGGGACCGUUUAACCCCAAGUUACCGAGCCAGUACUCCGCAGCACCUGCACGACAGCCGAGUGCUCCUCCCCCCACCGCUCCCAAGCCCGCCCUCUCCUUCCUCCCCCCUCCGGAGAUGGGGGACAAGCCCCCUCCGGCGCCCUGGGCGGAGGAGCUUAAAGCCAGAACCAACCGAAACCAAGCCAAUCACAGUGCGUCUGCCGCUCCUGCGCCCGCCCCCGCCGCACAGCCAUUGGCUAAAGGCCCGAGUGGCGCUCCCAAGAGUGGUUCCCUUCCUGUCAAUCAAACCGGGACGGGGUUCGGGGUCCGAAUGGCGGCCCCGGUGGCGCCGAAGCCGAACAAGAACCACAUCCCCGCCCCGUACGGCAUGGCCUCCCCGGCCGCCCCCGUCUCUAAACCCUCCCCCACAGCCAGCUCCUUCCCUCCUGCCCCCGUCCCUAAACCCUCCCCCACAGCCAGCUCCUUCCCUCCUGCCCCCGUCCCUAAACCCUCCCCCACAGCCAGCUCCUUCCCUCCUGCCCCCGUCCCUAAACCCUCCCCCACAGCCAGCUCCUUCCCUCCUGCCCCCGUCCCUAAACCCUCCCCCACAGCCAGCUCCUUCCCUCCCGCCCCCGUCCCUAAACCCACCCCCACAGCAAGCUCCUUCCCUCCCGCCCCACCCCAGCCCCCUGGGCCUCCGACCAGCACAGUGGCUCCCCCUGCCUUCAAUCACUUAAAGAAGUCUCCCAUGGGUAGCCUGGAAAACGUGAACCCGCCCCCUCCUCCUGCCCAAGGCCCGCCUCCUCAGCCUAAGACGAUGACAUCACCGCCCUCCUCUUUCAACCAGCCAAUUCAAUCUCCCUCUCCAUUAAAGCCCUCGCCCCCUGGCCCAGUCCCUAACCCAGGGGGCGGAGUUCCCCUCUCCAUGAGAGAGGUGGAGGAGCUGGAGAGAAUGACCAACGACUUCAUCAAAGAUAUGGACACACAUGCUCCUGUCAUCACAUCAGCACCCACAGAGGUGUGUGGUAAGUGUAAGGAGUCCUUGUCGCGCACCCAGCCGGCCGUGCGAGCCAUGGACAAGCUCUUCCACUCGGACUGCUUCUGCUGCCUGAGCUGUCAUCGCCCCCUGCAGGGCAUGCAGUUCUACGACAAGGACGGGACCCCCGAGUGUGAGGACUGCUACGUGAGUUCCCUGGCGGUGUGUUCCCGCUGUGGUGAGAAGAUCACAGACCGCGUGCUGAAGGCGGUGGGCCAGUGUUUCCACGCCCACUGCUUCCGCUGCAGCACCUGCUCCUGCAGCCUGGAGGGGGCGCCCUUCAUCACCGACGACAACAACAACCCCUACUGUGUCCCGGAUUAUCACAGGCGUUUCUCUCCCCUGUGUGUGAGCUGUAACGAGCCCAUCGUUCCUGCCCCGGGAAGCGAGGAGACCGUCAGAGUCGUGGCCCUCGACAAAAACUUCCAUCUCAAGUGUUACCGGUGUGAGGACUGCUCCCGCCCCCUCUCCAUAGAGGCGGAUGCAGAUGGCUGCUACCCAUUGGACGGCAAGAUACUGUGCAUGAAAUGCCACACCCACCGAGCCAAGCAGGCCAUGCACUGAUUGGUGGAAAACAACAGUCAUUCAUAGAGGGGGGGGGGGGAAAUGACAACAGAAACUAACCCAAAGCACAGGAUCCCUUCAGUUCCCUUCAUGUCUUUGCAACAGGGCUUUACAUGUGCGCACGUGAGUGUUUGUGAGGUAGAGGAUGUUUGUAUUGAGUUGUCUGCUGGUAGUGUUCCCCUCCCGUCUCUCUCCAUCUCCCCCCUUCAAUGCAGAGGUAAUGUACUGCACUGAUGUACACUCUUCUCCUCUCGCUCCCUCUUUCUUCCUCCUCUCUUCCUCCUGUCCUCCCUCCCUUCCUCCUCGCCUCUUCGCUGGCCUUGUUCGCGAGCCUGAGUUAGAUCUCGCGGCCGCUCUGUGUUUACGCUGAAUCUCCCCCAGCAUGACUUGCACAAACACAUCUUUGUCAUGGGCUCAGUCUCACCAGUCCAAAAUGGCCGCCCUCCUUCGUGCCCUCCUGACCUCUGAACUGAAGAAUGUUCUGUCUGACGUCACAAAGGGAACGGGUGAUUGAUGGCUGUUAUAGACUGAACAGUGAUUGUGUGACACUGAUCUGAGGUCAGUUUUCUAUUGACUCGGAUCGUGAUGGUUGAGACAUAGGGGAGGUUUAGCUGAUCUUAAGUCAGUGCCUAACAGCCUCCUUUUCCAGCAUUAUGGGGUGUCUAAGUAGACAUGAGUCGAUAGAGGUUUUAAGGGGGACUUACGUAGACAUGAGAUGUUAAGGUGGACUGACGCCCCUCCUGUAGCUCCCUGAUCUGCACUGGUGGGUUGGCAGUACCUUAAGCACACCAGGCGUUGUAGUGCCUGUGAGCAAACACGUUGCUUAACAGCCUUUAGUGUGCUUUCUUCAGAACUAUACAUCCCAUCGUGCAUUGCACGUUUUACAGAGCGGUGCAGUAUGGGAAAUGUAGUUCCCCUAGGGCUAACACCUUAGUGCAAAAAAACAAAAAACAAAGAUGCGGAAAAUCGUGAACGUUGCUCUUUUUCAUUUGUGGUGUGAGCUUGUUACUUCAUAGGCAUGCAACACAAACAGAUCUCUGAUAGUCUUGCUCCAUUUGAUCAUGCAAAAUAAAAAUGAAAUUAAAAAAAUUGUCAUUGUGAAAAUAAUUUAAAGUGUAAUAGCGAAUUUCAGCCUAGUGUGUAAUUUUGUGGCAUGCUGUCAAGAACAAAAGAGACAGGGAGUUGUGCCAGAAUCCAUUCCAGUGAUCUCAGAAAGGAGAACAGCUGAAUGAAAGCAGAGUAACAGAGUGUACAAUGGUGUUUCUUGUUAGAAAGCUAUACAGAAAGACGUCUCCUGGUGUGUCAUUCACUCUGUGACUGCAUACAAGUUACAGCUCUGGAAUACAUUGAGAGACCACUGCACCUUUUUCGUUCAUGUUCCUCACUUAAAAUUGUCCUUCUCAACUUAAAAAAAAAAAAAUAAUAGAAAAAAGGUGCAGUGGUCUCAAUGUAUUCCAGAGCUGUAUAGUCCAUCAGUUGUUUCAGUAAGGUUGAUACAGAAUGUUGCUAUGAGUAGCGUCACACGUGUGUGAUUCUGAACAUUCCAACCGACUAUUUUCCGAUAGACAAAAACUAUAUGACAAACGCUAUAGUAUGGCUUCAAAAUUUACAAUUAGGAGGCUAACAAGUAACACUAGCAGGUAGUAGCAUUGCUACGAGUAUUAUGCUAGGUUGCUAGGUAACGGAAGCUAACUAAAACUAGCUAGCUUCCGUUUUGGAAAAAUAACUCACUCCUUAAAAGGUUAAGUGUGAGUACCCACCCUCCCAACUCUAAAUGCUUUGUGUUAUUUCUUUUUGCAGUCGUAGCUCUCUGAACAAUGCUCUAAACCUGAUACGAACAAGGAUUCUAAGUAUUAUAGCCACACACGUAUAAAACCAAGCAGCCACUACAGAGAGCAGGAACAUUAUAACAGCUUCAGAUGCUCCUGCAAAGUACAGGUCACUGACUGAAAACACCUUCAGCUCACUCUUCCCAUUCCUAUUUUUUUUUUUUUUUUUUUUUAAACAUCUCUUUCAUUUGGUUGUGUGUGUUGUACAUGGUAUAUCAGUCUUCAAUGAAUACCACUAUUUUGCCAUAACUCUUCUAGUGUAUAAUAGUGUUUUGGUAUUUGUUCUAUUUUGAGUUACUCUAAUUAUAAUCUUCCAGUACUAUGUUACAUCGAUUAUGACUCUUUUGACUUUGUUGGUUUGCAUGCGGUCCUUUUCCAAGAUGAUAUCCCACUGUUGUCUUUAGGUUGGUGUUACCCAUAGCAACACUCCUUCCCACGAACACAUUCGUUCUUAUGAAUUUGACCACCGCCUUGCACAACAGUUAAACAAUAACUAACACAACAUCCAAAACCAGGUGGCCAAAUGUUACUCGGCAUGUAAACUGUGAUGAUGAUGUUGUUGUUGUUUAUGUUUUUCUAUCUUAAGUAUUAUCUCCAUUUUUUUAUUUGCACAAACUAUUUCACCCUUGUGACCAUGCCUCCAUCACCAGUGCUCAGUAUGACAGUGAUGAUGAUAAUGCCUUCUCCAUUUUCCUCCAACAUUAAUUUAAUUGUCAUGUAUGAUUAUUGCCUUGUUUUUUCAUAAUGUUCUUAUAUAAAUCCCUCAAUUAUGAUAGUGUGAAAGUGUACAGUAUAUGUUUACGUUUCAAAACAUGCAAACGUUAUUGACCUUAUAUUUGUUUCUCUUCUCAUUUUACUGUACUCAAAAUAAUAAAACAAAUUGCUAAUUGCCAAAA